UUUAAGAAGUCUAAAACCAUACUGAGCACUGAGCAGAGCUCCCACACCCAAAUUACAUAUAAACCAAAAUAAAACAUGAUCUACAGCUUCACUAGUAAAACGGGGCGUAGUGAAUGGCUCGGUGGUUGCAGCCUGCAGGCGUAAUAAAACGGAUGCCGGUGAUAAUGUUGGAGAGAUAUCUAGAAAGAGGCAGACAGAGAGUCGGAAAGAAAGACCCAAAAAAUUGAGAGAAAAACUGUAGUUGACGUGGGUGGUUUUUAACCUUUGGAUGUGUUAUCAGCCACGUGUCACUCAUAUAGACAAAAAAGAGAAAACCUGAGGAUUCCAAACGGGAGGGGAGCCGGACCCAAAACAUGUUUGCGAAAAUGACUCAGUGGAGUUGGUAAAGCACCCUUGUACUGUACACCUUCCAAAUGAACAGCUUUACUCAUUGAGGAAGCUGUGCCCAGUGCCCACUUCACCCCCAGCCAUAGAGACUGAUUCCCGGUCGCAUUAAUUCCAAGGUUCUCUCCACUUGAUUCACUCACCUGCUGCAGUGUCCUCAAUAGCAGUAAACAGUCUGUGUCACAGUGUCGUCCUUACAGGUACAUUGUUGUCAACUAUGUUCCACACCCGUUACCAUGUAUGCAACGUUUUCCACAACUUUUGACAAUUAAUGAAUUUUUAUUUUUUAUUAUGUAAGUCAUUUGUUGUAAACAUCUCUAGUAACAACAUUUUUCACAGCAAGUUUCAUGACAGGUUAUUAAUACUUCUGUGACACUACUUUAUUAUUCACUAUAUUGUUUGUUGUAACUCUAACCUUAUUGAUUUCUUUGAUUUGAUUCAUCUCGAGAGUUUUCCUUGUCUUAUUUGUUAAGGGCCUCAAAACAUGUUCACGUCAAGGCCACUAUGUCAGAACCGCAAUUCUGUAGUAAACCAAGUAGUAGCUGCUAUUAUCAAAAACCGACCCUUUGAUGCCCAGCUCGCUGCCUCAACCACCACUCAACCAUGGACCGUGGAAUCAGUUUCCCAAGUCCUAAGGUCUAUACCGAGGUUCCUCUUCCAAUCCCCUCGCUCCAUUGGUCGCCAAACAGGUUUCCGACACCGUGCACCUUUGAAACAACGUAAACUCAAAGAAGAAUCCUAUAAACAACACAACAAUGUUCUUGUUCUUGGCCCUGCUGCUCACAGAGACCCCCAGAAGGUCAGCUUAGGAUUGGACAAAGCAAUGGAGUUCUACUACUGGGUUGAGAACCAUUUUGGGUUUGCCCACAACGAGAUUACUUGUAAAGAGAUGGCCUGUGUGUUGGCCAAAGGGAAUAGAUUGAAAGCUCUUUGGGAAUUUUUGAAUGAAAUGUCAAGGAGAGGGAAUGGUGGGCUUGUGACCACCGCUACUGUUACCUGUUUGAUAAAAGUUCUAGGAGAGGAAGGGUUGGUCAAUGAAGCAUUGGCUGCAUUUUAUAGGAUGAAGCAGUUACAUUGUAAACCGGAUGUUUAUGCAUAUAACACGAUUAUUUAUGCUCUUUGUAGAGUAGGGAACUUCAAGAAGGCAAGGUUUUUGUUGGAGCAGAUGGAAUUGCCGGGUUUUAGAUGCCCACCUGAUACAUAUACGUACACAAUAUUGAUUAGUUCUUAUUGUAAGUAUAGCUUGCAAACUGGGUGUAGGAAGGCCAUUAGGAAAAGGAUGUGGGAAGCAAACCAUUUGUUUCGGAUUAUGCUUUUCAAGGGAUUUGUUCCUGAUGUUGUGACGUACAAUUCUUUGAUUAAUGGUUGUUGCAAAACUUACCGGAUUGAGAGGGCUUUGGAGUUGUUUCAAGAUAUGAAUGAAAGGGGUUGUAUUCCCAACCAGGUUACUUAUAAUUCUUUUAUUAGAUACUAUAGUGCAGUAAAUGAAAUUGAUAAGGCUGUUGAGAUGCUAAGGAAGAUGCAAGAAAGGAAUCAUGGAAUGCCUACUUCAAGUUCAUAUACCCCAAUUAUACAUGCUCUCUGUGAAGCAGGAAGGGUUUUGGAGGCCCGGAAUUUUCUUGUUGAGUUGGUUGAUGGAGGUUCGAUACCUAGAGAAUAUACUUAUAAAUUAGUCUGUGAUACUUUGAACUCUGGGGAGAAGACCAACUUGCUUGAUGAAGAACUGCAUAAGAGAAUAAACGAAGGUAUAGAAAAGAGAUAUAUGCAAGUAAUGAAGGUAAAGCCAAUUAUGACCCGCAAAGGAUAUCUUAGUGUGGUUGAAGUAUGACAUGGAGGAGAAAUGGUUAUGGUCCUGUGUAAAGAUUUUUGUAGAACAAGAAGAACUUUUGUGGGCAUUUGGGCAUUUUUCUGUUGAGAAUUCGUAUAGUUACAUUAUAUUUGUUUUCUAUAUUUUUGUUUGGUCUGGAUUGUAACUUUCUGUUUACUCAAAUUUUUAUAUUGUCUACCUACAUCAAAUUUUAGGCAUAUUAUUUUUAGUUUUCACUGACGCCUAUCAAUUCCCUGUAUUUUGAGUUCAUGAUAUAUUGCCUUAUAUAGUGUUCUGUCCAUUCCACAA